AUCCAAAUAGCCUAGGUCGUGCACAAACACUGAGGCUGAGAACAAUUUGUAUUUAUUAAUGGUUAUCUCCUAUCGGUGUACAUUAUGGCGCUCGUAGGAUUGUUUGAUAAAUUACACUUUUUUAUGUAAUAUUUUAGAAUAGUUUCUACGCAAUAUUGAUACAUGAGGUCCCUGGUAAAUAUAAUGGACAAUCUGUGCUGAAAGGGCUGGUCUUCAAUAGGGCACAGUGACAGACUGCAUAUUGCGUAAGGACUGGGCUGUGGGGAAGAGAUAACAGACGCAUUUUUUCCCCCAUUUGUUCUCCGACAUUGACGAUCAUGAGCACAGACUGGACACCCACCCUAUGGUCAGAGUGUUUUGAGGAGAUGUUGGAUGAGGAGUUGGACAGCAGUGACCAGUGGGCCUUCCACUUCAACUAUGGCCUGACAGAAGCACUCACCAAGGAGGAGAUGAGGAGAGGAUGGAGGGUGUACAGCCACUGUGCCUAUGGACGGUUCCAGUGUGGUGGGUGUUCUAAGACGUGGCGGUCGGCACGGGUGGUGCUAAUGUUCCGGUACCGUCUACGGGAUACGACAGCCAGGGGGACCGUGCUGAUGCGGCCGUAUGGCCAGGCAUGCAAACGCUGCCGGGAAGAGUUUGAACUCCCAGGUUUCUCCCAGAACGAGGUGGAGGAGGCACUGCUUGGAUUGUUUGGAAAAAUUAAGAAGAACUGCUACGACGAGGAUGAGGAGGAGGAAGAGGAGGAGGAGGAAGACGAGGAGGAGGAGGAAGAGGAGGAGGAGGAGGAGGAAGACGAGGACGAGGAGGAGGAGGAAGACGAGGAGGAGGAGGAAGAGGAGGAGGAGGAAGAAGAGGAGGUGUCGAGGAGGCCCCAUGAGAAAGCCCUGUGUGAAGCCUGCAGACUGGGCAUCUGCUGUCAAGAGUAGAGAAAAAGAGAUAAAGUGUGUGUGUGUGUGUGUGUGUGUGUGUGUGUGUGUGUGUGUGUGUGUGUGUGUGUGUGUGUGUGUGUGUGUGUGUGUGACAGAGAGGGGAACGUAUAUCCUAAUGCUGUCUAGAAAUGGUUGUAAAAAUAUUAAGAACAGCACUAUCUAUUAUGUGCCUAAGGACUCCAUACAAUCUUUAUGUAGCCUAAUGUAAUGUACUAUCAAUAGCGAUGACCUAAUAUUUUAUCCAUACUUGUACUUUGGAGUUGUGUGGUAAACAUGUAUUAUUAUGUAUUAUGUGUGUAGUAAACAUGUAUUAUGUGUAAUAAACAUACAGAAUGGGAAGAC